CAUAUUAAACUAUAUUUUUUAUUUUCUGAAAACACCAGUGCCUAGAAAAUUGAUCGAAAUUAUUAAAAAAAUGCAGCCAUCAGCUGAUGUUGGAAAUGAGAACGAAACUUUAUCUUUUGCUACAGGAUUUUUUUUCGUCAUAAAAACUAGUAUAACUCUGGGAUUGUUAUUGAUACAUACUAUGUUUAAAACUGAAGGAUGGAUUCCAGCGAUAAUUAAUGUAACUGUUAGUUCUCUUAUCGGAUUCUCCAUAAUUCAUCUAGUGGCAGCCAAUAUAAAUAUGCUAUGCGAGAAACAUGGAAAAGAAAGACUCAAGUAUGGUGAGGCAAUGCAAGAAGCGUUUAUAGAAAUAGCAGAUUCUUUAGAAAUAGCUGGAAUAGUAUUUAAACAUAUAAUACAUAUUAUGCUUGUACUUAAUCAUCUAAUUCUGUGCUCAAUGUACCUUGUAUAUACUAUUAGUCUUUGGUCUGAAUGUUCUACGAAAAUGGAUAUAAAUGUAUUCGUUGGGCUUUUUUAUAUACCAUUGAUACUACCACUGAUCUUAUUUUUAUGCGUACAUAGUUUUGGUAAGAUGAUCUUCUUCGUAAUAAUAGGAGUUAUAUUGAUUGCAAUAGCUAUAAUUGUAACCAUGGCAUUUAGCUUUCUUCACAUGUUUCAAGAAAAUGGAGUACAAUAUCACUUAAUUAAUCACGUUACAUUUUUUUUUUUUAACUAUGAAUCAGCAAUAUUUAUGGCUGGUCCAAUUGGUUUGUUCCUUACAAUCCAAUAUAACUUGAAGGAACCACAGCAGUUUACUGGUUCAGAAGGUAUCUUUGUUAAGAGCGCUAUUUUAUCGUCUGUAGUACAUAUACUCUAUGGAGCGUUUUUAUAUUUAAGCUAUGGAACGACAAUAAGAUGCAGAGUUAUUUCGUUAUUUGACUUAGUACCUAUUGGCGCAUUAGUGAAUUUGCUAAUUUCAUUGUCCAUAUAUAUAACAUAUCCAUUGCAUAGCUAUAUUAUUUAUGACAUUGUUUGGAACGAAUAUUUGAAAAACAUCAUACCUGAAGAAAACCGCAAAAUAACACUAAUUAUUACGGGCGCCACUAUUAUUAUAAUUACAGUGCUUCCAACUAUUAGAUAUCAUUGGAUUUAUGCAGGAGCAAACUUAGCGAUAACUUAUUCCGCAUUUUUGGCUUUAUUUUGCCCUGCUAUAAUGGAUUUAUGUUGUAAAUAUCACUCUGGUUAUGGACCUAGUUUUAUCUAUUUGAUACGAGAUAUUAUUUUAAUCAUUUUUUCUACAACUUCAUUUAUAAUACCAUAUUUUUCUUAUGGCUACAUGGUUGAGGAUUGCUUUAUUGCAAAUGUUCAUAAUUCUACCCAAUUUUUAGGUUAGCAAAAUAAUAAUAUAUGAUGUAUAACA